CCUGGGGCAAAGGCCUUCCAGGUCACCUGAGAGCUUCCGUCCCUGUUUCUGACCCUAAACAGAGGCAGUGGCGUCCGGGACUAAGCUGGGUAUCUUGGAGGGAGAGAAGAUGGCAUUGUGGAGCCCUGACACCCCAUGUUCCUGCGACUGCUUUGUCUCGGUGCCCCCAGCCUCGGCCAUCCCAGCGGUGAUCUUUGCCAAGAACUCAGACCGACCCCGGGAUGAGGUGCAGGAGGUCGUGUUUGUACCAGCAGGCACUCACACCCCUGGGAGCCGGCUCCAGUGUACCUACAUUGAGGUGGAACAGGUGUUGAAGACCCAUGCUGUGAUCCUGAGCCGCCCUUCUUGGCUAUGGGGGGCUGAGAUGGGUGCCAAUGAACAUGGUGUCUGCAUUGGCAAUGAGGCUGUGUGGACCAAGGAGCCAGUUGGGGAGGGGGAAGCCCUGCUGGGCAUGGAUCUACUCAGGCUGGCUUUAGAACGGAGCAGCUCAGCCCGGGAGGCCUUGCAUGUGAUCACAGGCUUGCUGGAGCACUAUGGGCAGGGGGGUGGCUGCCGGGAGGACCCCACACCGUUCUGCUACCACAACACCUUCUUGCUGGCUGACCGGACUGAGGCGUGGGUGCUGGAGACGGCGGGGAGACUGUGGGCUGCACAGAGGAUCCAGGAGGGGGCCCGCAACAUCUCCAACCAGCUGAGCGUCGGCACGGACAUCUCCGCCGAACACCCAGAGCUCCGGACCCAUGCCCGGGCCCAGGGCUGGUGGGGCGGCCAGGGCACUUUUGACUUCGCUCAGGUCUUCUCCCUGACCCAGCAGCCCGUGCGCAUGGAGGCUGCCAAGGCCCGCUUCCAGGCUGGGCGGGAGCUGCUGCAGCAGCAGCAAGGGGGCAUCACGGCAGAGGUGAUGAUGGACAUCCUCAGGAACAAGGAGAGUGGCAUCUGUAUGGAUUCUGGAGGCUUCCGCACCACAGCCAGCAUGGUGUCUAUCCUGCCCCAGGAUCCCACACAGCCAUGCAUCCACUUCCUCACUGCCACGCCAGACCCGUCCAGGUCAGUGUUCAAACCUUUCAUCUUUGGGGCGGGGGCAGCCCAGGCCCCCCAGGUGCUGUCCCCUACUUUUGGAGCACAGGACCCCAUUCGGACCGUGCCACGAUUCCAGACUCAGGUGGAUCGCCGGCACACUCUCUACCGUGAACACCAGAAGGCCCUGGGGCUGAUGGACAGGGAGCAGGAUCAGGGGCAGCAGCUGCGGCAGAAGCAGCGGGAUCUGGAGCAGGAAGGCCUAGAGGCUGCACGGGGUCUGCUGGCUGGGGAGUGGGCCCCGCCGCCCCAGGAGCUGGGUGGCCUCUUCCACGCCUUUGUGGAGAGGGAGCGCCAGGCGUAUGCCUGAGCAUCACAGCUUGUCCCGGCCUGGGGUGGGGUGCGGGGGUGGGCCUUGGACCCCUGGGGAUAGUAGGAUCAGAGCAAUCCCUUCAUGCCCCCAGCCUCGUUCUGAGUAGCCAGCUCAGCCUUUGCCUUAAUAAAUGUGUUUUAUGUCUUA